CUGUCCAGUGCUGCCCAGCUUGGCUUUUGGACAGAGGAAGAGGAUGCAGAGGAACUAAAGCUGGUGGAGGAGGAGGCGUUGUUGGUGGGCCUGGGUGCGGCGCUACGCGGGCCGGCAACGUCAAUGAGCCUGACGGCGCAGCUGCAGGCGCUGAGGAGAGCGCUCUACCACAAGUACCUCCAGGAGGUGGCCGCGCUGAAGGAGCAACACUGUGCCGAGCUCACCAGACUCAGAGAUGAGAGGGAGCAGGAAAAGAGAGAGAAGGGGAGGGAGGAGGUGUGGUCACAGGUGAAGCAGGAUCCAGAGGGCAUCAACGGGGGUGUCCGCUCUAUCGAAGGGCCCAGCGCGGAGGAGAGGAGACACCAGGAGAGGGUGGAGGAAGAGAUAGCUAAGGUCAUAGUUCAGAUGUCGGUGGAGUUUGCCCAGCAGAGCGAAUUGGCCCGAAUCUCUAAGAGCGCCCGCGAGACAACCUCGGCCAUGCAGACCCAAUCUGAGGAGGAAGAGGAGCAGCAGACCCCCAGGAGCUCACUCGCCAAGGGGAUCUCUCCGGAGGCGGUGGAGGACAAAGAGAGGCUGGAGAGAGAGCUGGAAGGGAGGACUGCGGAGCUCCGUAGGAUUGAAGCGCAGCUUUGGCACGGAGGUCCUGGAUCUGAGCAGAAGAGCGGAGAUGAGGAAGAAGGAGAGGAAGAUGAAGAGGUCAGGAGGAAGAUGGCAGUGAGUGGAAUGGUUUCGUCACAAGUUGGAGGGGAUGGCUCUUCCUGUCCAGAUCAUCAGGUCAUCACUACAGAGAGGAAUCUGCUGCGUAAGGCCAACGAGAGCCUCCGCCAGGUGCUGAGUGAUGUGCUCAAGACCACAGCGGCCGCUGAGGAGACCAUUGGACGCCACGUGGAGGGGCUGCUGGUACCCCCGUCCUCCUCACAGAAACGCACCUGGCAGAGAGCUGCUGGCGAGCCCUUCAGGCCUGCCACAGGGGCUGCGGGAGAUGCGUCGGCGACUGAGAGUUGCCAGGGAAGCGAGCCUGGGGUGGAUGACGUGAGCGUGUGGUCGGGCGAGACGGAGACGGACGAGGGCCUGGAGAUGUCCCAGCAGAUGAUGACAGACAGUCACAGCCUGUUGCCGGAGCUUCAGCUGGAGAACGAGGAGUACCUCAUGAAUAUUAGCUCCCGCCUCCAGGCUGCCGUGGAGAAACUGCUGGUGGCCAUUACUGAGACGACCAAUCAGCUGGAACAUGCACGCGUCACCCAGACGGAGCUGAUGCGCGAGUCCUUCCGCCACAACCAGGAGAUGGGCGAUCUGCUGCGGCGGCAGGAGGAUCUGCAGGAGAGGCUGGUGGAGGAGGGGCGUGCCCGCGAGCAGCUGGCCCUGGAGCUCCACAGGGCUGAGGGUCUGAUCGAUGGCUACACAGGUGAACGUGCUGCGCUGGAGGAGCAGGUGCGUCAGAAGGAGGAACUACAGCUAAGCCUGGAGCAGGAGCUGCAGGUGACGAGCAGCCGCCUACACGAACUGGAGCAGGAGAGGCUGCAGAUGCAGGAAGAGCGUGAGAUAUUGUCACGGCAACAGGACGCCAUGAGGGAGCAUGCUGGCCCCCGCGAGUUACGCCUAGUUGAAGCUGCAGUCGAUGCAGCACCUGAAGCAGACCUCCUGGAGGAGACAGAGAAGCUGAUGGCUGAGAAGGUAGAGGUGCAGCGGCAGGCGGAGAAGGAGAGCCUGGACCUUCUGCACCAGGUGAAAACACUGGAGGCUGAGCUGGAGGAGCAGAUCAACCGGGUCAUCGAGCUGGAGCAUGCCCGCAAGACUGAGAGCGGCGACCUGCUGCAGCAGAUCCAGGCUCUGGAGAAACAACUGGAAAAGAAUCGGAGGUUCCUGGAUGAGCAGGCCGUUGACCGGGAACACGAGAGGGACGUCUUCCAGCAGGAGAUCUUGAAACUGGAGCAGCAGCUGAAGAACAGCCAGAAGCAGCAGCCCGGCUCUGAGCAAAGAAGCAGAGAGGUGGACCAGCUGACCCAGCAGCUGAGGGAGAAGGCAGACUGGUGCAGCGAGCUGCUGCUGGCGUCCGAGCAGCUGCAGCGCGAGGUGGGCGAGCGCAACGAGGAGAUUGACAAGCUGGAGGGUCGCAUACGCGAGCUGGAGCAGGCGCUGCUGGCCAGCACCGAGAUGGUGGAUGAUAAGAGGCAGCAUGUGUCUGUUCGUGAGCUUGGGGACUCAUCACUGGAGGCUCAGCUACAGACUGAAAGAGAGGCUCUGGACAGGAAAGAGAAAGAGAUCAGUAACCUGGAGGAGCAGCUGGAGCAGUUCCGGGAGGAGCUGGAGAACAAGAGUGAUGAGGUGCAGCAGCUCCACAUGCAGCUGGAGAUCCAGAGGAAGGAGCUGAGCACCCAGCAGCAAGACCUAGAGACCAAGGACCGCCUGCUCCAGGUGAUGGAGGAGAAGGACAGGGAAAUAGCCCUUCUUAAUGAGCAGAUGGCUAAGCUUCAACACACGGAAACAACCCCUGAUAACAAGGAAAUCAACGCGAGGGACGAACUACUGUGGGAGCUGGAGUCCCAGGUGGAGUGCAUGCGGAGCGAGCAGCAGCGCCUGAAGAAGAACAGCGAGGAGGAGCUGGAGCAGCUAAACGCCGUCAUCGACAAGCUCCAGGAGGAGCUAGCCAACAUCGAGCGGAAGCAAUCCUCGGAGACGGAUGAGGAGCUCAAGGGCCAGUUUGAGAGCCAGGUCGGAGGUCCCAGCAAGGAGGAGUACGACGAAAUGAAGCAAAAGAUGGACCUGGCCACCCAAAAGCUGGACACCAUCAAAGCCGAGCAAUGCAUGCUCCUGGAGAGGUACCGGUACUUGCAGGAGAGCAGGCUAGCAUUAGCCGAAUCGGAAAAGGAGCAGUCGGACGACACCGCGAUGGAGCUGCAAGAUGCCCUCAGGGAGAAGACUGCAGAAUUCUUGGUGGCGCAGGCUCAGAUCCAGGCGUUGGAGCAGAGCGCCACCUCCAGGUUGGAGGAGCUAAGCCUUCGCGUCCAGGAACUUGAAGCCUGUGUCAGAGAAAGGGAUUCUGAACUGAUCCGCUGCCGGUUCCUGGUGGAGCAUGCCCAGGAGGAUGCCGACGAGCUCCAGCGCAAGGUCCAGGACCUGGAGGACAAGCUGAGGGAGAGGGUAGCGGCCGCGCUUGUCAGCCAGGCCCAACUGGGCGCCGUCCAGCAACAGUCGCAUCAAUCGCAGGAGUCCAAGGGCCAGAGAACCAAAGAAUUCGGCCACAAGGAUCCCCAGGGACAGAUGGAGGUACCCGACUUUGGGUUUGCAGGAAUGUCCCGAGCAGCGGAGAUCCAAGGAGCCAAACAGGGCCCCACAGGGAAGGUGGUCCUCCUGACGGAGAAGCUCCGCGAGCUGGAGGUGGGCCUGAGUGGCAUACAGAAGGACCAGGAGCUGCAGAAGCAGCUGCUCUCCAGUUCCGAGGAGGAGGUGCUGGAGUACGAGAAGAGGCUGGUCAUGCUCAUGGAUUUGCUCAAUCAGAUGAGGACGACCAAGCCUGGUGGAUACCAGAGAACGUUUCCGGCCGAAGAGACUCCAUCUUCUGGAGGAAACGAGCCGGCUGUAUCUGGGAUGAUACAGGAACUACAGGAGGUCAGGGACGAGGCUUCAGCCACCAAAGCACAGCUCAGCAGUUACAGGGAGAACAGCAAUAAACUCCAGCAGGAGCUCAAGGCAAAAGAGGUUGCAAUAGCAAAGCUUCAAGAAGACCUUCAAAGGGUGUCAUCUGGAGGCGGUGAGGCCAAGGUGUCUGAGCUCCAUCGGGAGCUGAAGGAGGUCAAAGAGGAGGCCGCUGCCACCAAAGAGGAGCUCAGCAGCUACAGGGAAAGCUGUGACAAACUACAGGAGCUGCUACAGGAGAGAGAGAUGACCAUAGCACAUCUCAAGGGAGAACUCUACCGGGCCUCAUCGGAAGGUGACGGUGCCACCGCGUCUAAGCUUCUCCAAGAGCUCCAGGAGGUCCGAGAAGAGGCAGCUGCUACCAAAGAACACCUGAACAGCUUCAAGGAGUGCAGCGAUAAACUCCAGAACGAACUCCAAGUCCGCGACCUGUCCAUUGCACAGCUUCAAGAGGAGCUCCAACAGCUCAGAGUAGCCUUGGAGAAAACCACAGAGUCACCGUCACCACUAUUCCCACUAUCACCAUCUCAGUCUCCCUCACCCCAGCAGCAGCAGCCGGUACCAGCCUCCAAUCCGAAAAAGAAAGGAGUCAAACUGCAAGACCACCGCCAUGGAGCCAAGGGAAAAAUGGCCGCCACUGCCAAAGACAAACCAUCGCACUCCAGGAAGAUCUCUGCCGCGGAGAACCAAACGUUCUCUGACAAAUCGUCUGGUCUUAAUGUAUCUCAACGUCUGCCUCGUACAGAUGCUGGCACCCAGACGGAGACCUUUUCCUCCCAGACAUCUGACCAGCCCAGGUCUGUGUCAGAGGAAGAGGUGGAGGAGAUGAUCGGGGAGUACCAGGAGAAGAUCGUACAGAUGCAGGAGCUGCAUGCGGCGGAGAUCCUGGACAUGGAGGCCCGGCACAUCGCAGAGAGCGAGGCCCUGAAGAGGGACGCUCAGAUGCUGGAGGAGGAGUGUAGGGCUCUCAAGACCGUCAUCGAGAAGCUGCACCGCUCUCAUGAGGCCCCCUCAUCGAGACCAGAGCGUCCCGCAGGAUCGCAAUUCAAAGACGGCUACACCAGUGACAGCAGUUCUGAAUGGAGUCAGCGGACAGGCUAUGACCUGCCUAAUCUGCAGCAGGAGUUCAGGACCACGCCAGAGGGAGCCAGGAAAGAGACAGACGAUGCACUGCCUGACAGAAUUAAGAACCUGCUCCGCGAGGUGCAUCAGGAGGGUAUGCAGGUGCUGUCCCUAUCGGAGCUGCCAAUCCCAGAGGGCGAGGCUGACCCAGCCAGCCUGAUCCACCAUGCCCAGGGCUGGCCCAAAGAGAGAGGGGCCUUGCUGGCCACUGUGGAGUCCCUCAAGGCCCUCAUUUCCCAGAUGCAGACACACAGCAGGGAAACACAGACUCCAGGUAGUGCGGACUGGCGUGGAGAGCUGCUGGGGGCAGUGCAGCAGGUGUUUGUGAGGGAGCGGAGUGUGCUGAAGAGCACCCUCUAUGCCCGUCUGGACCAGCUGGACACUAGCGACGCUGUCAUCCACCUCAACCAUCUGGAGCACAGGCUAGCCGAGCAGGAUGCCCAUCACAGGGAUGCCAUGGGGAUGCUGCAGGCUGCAGACAGAAGCAGUUUGCUGACAGAGGUCCGGCAGCUCCGGGCCCAGCUACAACAAAUCCAAGCCCAGGAGCCUGGCAGAUCCAAUCAAGGUGUUCAGCCCAGUGUUCAGCCUGGUGUUGAGCAGCAGAGGGAGAGAGGAGCCCCUCAUGCUGGAUUGUGUGGCGUUCAGGAGCCCCCCACACUGCAGCAGGCUGACAGGGAUCUGCUGGAGGAGCUGAAGGGAGAGCUGGCCCAGACCAAACUAGAGCUGGAGACCACGCUCCAGGCCCAGCAAAAACACCUGAAGGAGCUGGACACAGUCAGAUCGGAGGUGUCACAGAAGGCUGCUGAGGUGGACACCCUGACGGACAGACUGGCAGACGAACAGAAGAAGGCCAGAGAGAUGCAGUGGGCCUUCGAGAAGGAGAAGUGUAAAUCUGACAAGAAAGAGGAGCUGGAGAGCGAGGAGCUGGAGGAUCUAAAACUGGCCCUGGAGGAGCAGCAGAGUCACGUAGCCCAGCUGACCUCAGCCCUAGACCAGGAGCGCCAGUCCACCUCCCAGCUUUCCGUCCAGGCCGAACAGGAGCGCUCCAGGCUGCAGACCCAGGCCUCACAGCUCCACAUCCAACUAGAGUCAGAGCGAGCCCGGGCCCAGGAGCUGAGUAGCGCCCUGGGGAGAGAGAAGGAGCUCCGCCAGCACGGCUCCUCCUGGAGUGAAAGCCCAGAGAGGAAGAGGGCUGAGAGUGGGGAGGAUGAAGUGGUGGGAGGGGCGAUGUCAUCCGAAGCUCUUCUGGAGGGACUGCGGAGGGAGAUGGACAAGAAGCAUGCUCAGGUGGUUAGUCUGCUGGACGAGGUGGAGGCCCAGAAGCUGGAGGCUGUGGGACGGGAGCAGGAGCUGACCUCGGCAGCUCAGAGGUCAUGCCAGGACCAGGAGGCUCUUCGGGAGACAAGGGGCCAGCUGGAAAGCCUGGGGGAGCAUGCGCGGGACACCAUGGCGCAGCUGGUGAGAGAGGUGCAGCAGGGGAAGCGACUGGAGCAAGAGAAGGAGAGGCUGCAGGAGAAAGUGGUCCGGCUGGGAGAGAUGAGAGGGGGGGAGAUGGUCGGAAGCGGGACGCAGCAGCAGCCUGAUAACCAAAACCAGGCUGUGUGGCGAGGCAUUCCCACCGACCGGACAAGAGACUGGGUGUUCCAGCAGAAGCCCGGCGACAUGCUUACUAUCGAAUCCAGCGCGCCUUCCCUCCUUGAGGUCACUGGGACAGGGGGCAACCUCGCCCCCCACCAUAACCCAAAACACUCAGACAAGGUCUUGGGCAAACUGCAGCUCAUCGCAGCCAAGAUCCGAACCAUGGUCAGCAAGGGCUCUGGCAGGUUGACUACGGAGGUGGACAGUGAAGGGCUGUCGUGGCUGCAGACCAAUAUUGAUGAGGUCAUCACUAUGCUGCAGCAGUUCCCAGCACUCCCCUUGGUCCCUGAGAGCACCGCCCAGCUGGCGGGAGGCCAGUCCAGCUCCCUGACAGAGCGGCUGCUGAGGCAGAAUGCUGAGCUCACUGGCUUCGUCAGCCGUCUGACAGAGGAGAAGAACGAUCUGCGCAACCAGGUCCUCCGCCUGGAAGAUGAGCUUCGACGCUACCGCCAGGCUGGUCUGGGAUCAGGGGACAGCUCCAGCAGGAGAGGCGGCGUGGACAAGCAGCAGGAGGCGGCCAGCCUUCUGUUCUCGUCGGAGCGCGAGUCCUGGACCAGGGAGAGGAGCCGGCUGGAGAAGGGCCUGCGUCUAGCCCAGGCCGAGGUGACCCGACUCAGGGGAGAGAUCCGGACAGAGUCCCUCAGAGACAUGACCGGACCGGACACAGACAACGCCACACUGAAGAGGAUGUAUGGCAAGUACCUGCGCUCCGAGAGUUUCCGCAAGGCCCUCAUCUACCAGAAGAAGUACCUGCUGCUGCUGCUCGGCGGCUUCCAGGAGUGUGAGGAAGCCACGCUGUCGCUUAUUGCUCGCAUGGGCGGCCGGCCCUCCGACUGCAGCCUGGAGUCCCCGACGCAGCACCGCCGAGGGCUGACGCGCUUCCGCUCGGCUGUCCGCGUCUCCAUCGCCCUCUCCAGAAUGCGUUUCCUGGUCAAGCGAUGGCAUAAAGCUACGGGGAUGAGGUCCAUAACAUCUGGCAACGUGAACAGAAACGGUCUGGGACAGUCACCAGGUAUCGAGGUGAGGACAGACUCACCCUACCUGCAUCCAGGGAGUGUGGAGGUGUACGGGGAAAUCAGAGGGGCCAGCAGGGGGCGCACUGGUCGAGACUCCCCCAGUUCCGCCCUUUCCUCUGCACAACACAGGUUCCACAUGGCUGGGGACCCUCUGACCUGCUCUCACCUCCAGAACUACGACCCUGACCGAGCGCUCACCGACUACAUCUCCAGACUGGAGGCCCUGCAGAGGAGACUGGGGAGCGUGCAAUCAGGUUCUUCUUCAUAUGCUCAAUUGCACUUUGGAAUAAGAAGAUAGAAGUCUAUAAUUUACAUUGAAACUGUCUUGAAGAAACUGUUGCCUUUUCUUGUGCUGAGCUUUGGUAUUUUGUAUCAUUCUGCUGUGUACAGUAUAUAUAUAUAUAUUACGUGGGGACCAAAAACAAUUUUUUGUGUGUGGACAUCUUAUAAUCAGGCUUUUUGUCGCCAGCACUUGAAACAGCUUCUAUGUUUGUAAACUUUGGUCUGCCUCUUUGUUGUGGAUAAACACAAUCACGUUAAAUGUAUAUUUGUGGAAUGCUAAUUUAAACAAAAAACAUUGAUUAACUUAAUUUAUACUGUGUAUGUUACUUUGUGUGGGUGGAAGAAUAUGUAGAGCAGGCUUCGCCGGAAAACUCCAGUCCUGGAGACGUACCGGGUGGGUGUGCAGGUCUUUGCUCCGGCCCAGCUCUAACACACCUGAUUUAAAGUAACCGUGGUUUCUUAAACGGAAGACCAUGAUUGGUUGAUUUAUUGGAAAUUGUUGUUAGUGCCGGGCGGGCACGCGUAGUAGCUCUCCAAGACGGGAAUUAGGAGAACUCUUGACGUGGAGAAUGUUUGACUUUACUGUUGAGGAGGCUGCUACAGGAUCUAUAUACACUACACUGUGUUUUAUUAGAAUGGUUGUUUGGACAGACUACAAUUUGUAGAAGACAUAUUUUUGUAAAGGUAGGAGCUUUGAAUUUUCUGGGUAUUUUGUUAAAAAUUUAAUUAAAGAUGCAUUUUAACAC